AUGGCGUUCAAAGCCCAUGCUAUGGCCAUUGGAUCUUACGACAGCGAUGCUGUCACCACGAGCUCGACGCCGUACGAAGAGACGCCCCUUAUCCGCUCUCGGCGGCGGCACUCGUUCCAGCAUGCCAGACGCUCGUCGUGUGACUAUGACGCCGAGGCAGUCUUCCUGAGAGUUGAGGUUUUCCUUGUUGAGUUAGAGAGACGCCUGCGAUGGAUCGAAGAAUACCGCAAAUCACACAUUCAACAAAUCGACACCAGUCUACGUAGAGGCUACGCGGCUCUGGAAGCCGUGCGAGAUUCGUGCUGUGAGGCAUCGGGCGAGCUGAUGGGCAGUGGGAGAAAGCGGGCAAAGAUUCUCGUCGAAACAUUGGAAGAGCGGUAUAUCGAAGCCUUGGCGACAAAGGAGACACUGGGAGAAAAGGCCUUUGCCGGUAUGAGGCUGAUGGAGUCGUUUUUAAACGAUAUCGAAUCUAGGUCGCAGUCGGUUCGUGAAGGCGGCAUAUAUGGCGCGCUGGACGAGGGCUGGAAGGCCGUCGACUCUGGUUUGAACCAUGCCCGCGAGGCUGUUGAUGAAGGCAUGGAGCGUGCCAGGCGAGCAAAGGAAGCUCUGCGUGAAAGCAUCGAUAAUGCAAUCAUACUUGCCCAAGAGAAGCGAUUGAUUCACUACCAAGACCUGCCGCAUCCAUGGCGAGUCAACCCGCAUAUUCUCCAGGGAUACCGAUUCAUAGCCUCGCCUAUGGACUGUGUGACGUCCAUGUUUUCCUUUUCGAACGAGCUCGUCAAUAUCUGGUCGCAUCUGAUCGGCCUGUUCAUUGUUCUUUCCAUCGCAUUUUACUUUUACCCUCUGAACCCAAACUUUCACCUCAGCACCAACGCCGACAUUAUGAUCGCCGCCGUCUUCUUUUUCGCGGCAUGCAAAUGCCUCGUCUGCAGCACGAUAUGGCACACAAUGAACGGAAUCGCAAACCUGAAAGUAAUGGAGCGAUUUGCCUGCGUGGACUACACGGGAAUCUCGUUCCUGAUCGCAGCCUCCAUCAUGACGACCGAGUACACGGCCUUUUACUGCGAACCCGUUUCCCGUUGGACAUAUAUUCUCCUCACCUUUUCCCUCGGAGUCGGCGGCGUCAUUCUCCCCUGGCACCCAACUUUUAACCGCCCGGAUAUGUCGUGGGCCAGAGUCGCGUUUUACUCCACCAUGGCGCUCACGGGAUUCGCCCCCAUUUGCCAACUGAGCUUUUCGCGCGGUCUUACCUGGUGCCUCUACUUUUAUGCGCCUGUCGUGAAGAGCGUCCUGGUAUAUGGUCUCGGCGCCUGCGUCUAUGCCUCGCAGGUUCCCGAGCGUUGGUGCCCGGGCCUGUUUGACUACUGUGGCGCAAGUCAUAAUAUCUGGCACAUGGCUGUCCUUGGGGGCAUCCUGUUCCAUUACCUUGCCAUGCAGGAACUCUUUGCAGACGCUUUCCUGCGUGCGCAGGGAGAAUGCCCGAAUCUGGUUGCAUAG